AUGGAUGACAAUAAUCAACCACGAAAAUCUACCAUCAUUGGUCAAGGACGGCAUGGGUCGGUCAUAGCUCAACCGACAGCCCAGCAGCUUUCCAGCAAGGACAAAGAGCCAAUUAGAAGUGGUAGCCAAGGACAAGAUCACCAGUCCGGGAGCUCAGGCGGACGUCCAGGGUGGUAUGCCGUCAAAGUCGUAUCAGCCCCUCCAAACGGUCGGUCAAGACAUAUGGCGCCGCACGAUAUCCUCAAAGAAGCCAAGAUCCUACAACGUCUUCAUCACCCAAGUAUUGCCAAAGUGCUUGCGUACGAGUAUGAUACGUCUCUCCUCGACCACAAGCUGUAUAUGCCGCUAUACGUCUGUUCCCUAUCUUCCCUCUUUGCCGACCCCUCCUUCACAUUCAUAUCCUCGAGAAGGAGCGUGCCAGCAUCGCUCUCCUAUCAGCUCCUCUCAGCACUAUCAUUCCUCCACUCCAAACAGAUCGCGCACCGCGAUAUCAACCCUUCGAACCUCGUACUCGACAUUCACGGCAACCUCAAGCUCAUCGACUUUGGUACUACCUGGGUACCUUCCAGACUAUAUCAAGAGUACGAUCUCGGUCAUGAAGAUGAUCCGGAAGAGACGGAAGAGGCGAUGUACCCGGUUGUAGGCUCAGGCGCCUACCGUGCUCCAGAGCUAUUAUUCUCUCCGCUCCGGUACGACCCUUAUGCGGUCGAUAUGUGGGCUGCUGGCUGUAUCAUAGCCCAUUUCUUCCGUCCUUUCUCACAUUCCUACCCUGCCGCUGUUGGAGAGGAAAAUGAGGAGGUUGGGGAGGAUAGUGAGGAGGACUAUGAUCCUCUGGACGACGAACGGCCAUCCUCGCCAGCUGGAUCUGGUGUUCGACAACCAUUGUUUGAUGCGAGGUUUGGAGCUUUGGGUCUUGCCGCAAGCAUCUUCAGGAUACGGGGGACUCCGACGGAGGAUACAUGGCCUACAUUCAGAGAUCUCCCAGACGCUGAAAAGAUCGAGUUCCCGCUAUCCUCACCUCAAGAUCUCGCAGUCGAUCUCCUUUCCGAUAUCGAAUCACUCGGCGAGGCGGAAACAGAGGCCUUGGUAGAUGUACUUGAAGGAGUGUUGGCGCUUGACCCGGGGAAGAGGCUGAAGGCAGAGCAGGCUCUGGGGUCAGAGUGGUUCCGCCUUGCCACGACUCGCUGGGAAGAGGGGCAUCUGCAGGCGGGCGAGAAGAUGGAGUGGUACGAUGGACCUUGUGUGGAUUGGGUCAGUAGGUCAAAAUUGAUCAUGUAG